AUGGGAGCUACUGUUGACGAGAAACAACCGUUUUUGGAUAAAGAGGGUUCUGCACAUAAGAGCACAGUCAAAUCAGAGCCAUGGUAUAAAAAGCAGAUAUGGAGCAGUGAUGAAAAAACAAAAUAUCUUAUGGGAAGAACUUUGGGCGGAUGGAUUAAAUUUUGGCUGCACUACUUCAUUCUCUAUUUGUGCUUGUUUAUCAUCAUGACUGGUUUGUUGAUAAUAAUAACUCAACUUAUAAUAAGUAAUGAUCAACCUUACAUAACUGGUUUGGACAGCCCACUUGCUCUCUCACCAGGCCUGGGAAUGAGACCGAGGAAUAACUUUAUGACAACAUUAAUUGCUUAUGCAGCUUCAGAUCCACAAACUUACAUGCCAUUUGUACAGGAUAUACGGACGUUUCUUUACUUUUAUGAAGAGGUGAAUAUACAGCCACAAGAUGGUUUUGCUACAUGUGAUAAAAUCAAAUCACCAGACGACGUCGAUUUAGUGUGUAAAUUUUAUCCAGUUGAUCUUGGCGUUUGCGUGAAAGAGAAUAAUUUUGGAUAUGACAGAAGUCAACCUUGUGUUAUACUAAAGAUUAAUAAGGUAUAUGGUUGGCUACCUGAUAUUGUGAAUAAAAGCUUAUCGAAUAAUCCUCUUGUCCGUUGUAGAGGUCAAAAUCCUCAAGAUUUGGAAAAUUUUGGUGAAGUGCUCUAUUUUCCUAAUAUUACGGUGGAUGGUAUCACUUACGGUUACUUCAAUCACUUGUACUUCCCAUAUCUCGUACAAGUAGCCUAUCGUUCACCACUUGUUGCUGUACAAUUCGCUCGGCCAAAACGACAUGUUCUGCUAAUGGUACGCUGUGAAUUAUUCAAUGUACGUAGUCCUGGUGAUCCAAUGGAUUUUGAAAUAUUAGUAGAUUAA